AUGGCCUCCCAAGGCGACCAGACCCCGUUCGGCGCCUCCCCAUGCGAGUCAACAACGACGACAGUCGCAAGGACUGCAGAAUCGGUCGCAGCGAGCGAAUAUGACCCCUAUCUUGUAGAGUUUGAUGAGAACGAUCCCGCAAACCCUAAGAACUGGUCGACACGGCGGAAAUGGUACUUGACGAUGGCAAGUGCCUCUGGUAUAUUCCCCAACUUGGUGGAAGAGUUCAAGAUGUCGGAGAUAGUGGGAACCUUGACAUUGUCACUUUUCGUUACGGGAUACUGUGUUGGCCCGAUACUGUGGGGCCCUCUCUCAGAACAAUUUGGACGCCGGCCCGUUUUCACAUAUCCUUUCUUCGUGUUCAUGUGCUUUCAGAUCGGUUGUGCCCUCGCCCCUAAUACCGCUGCCAUCCUCCUUUUUCGCUUCCUCGGCGGUACCUUCGCGGCUGCUCCUCUUACCAACACUGGCGCUUUAAUGUCGGACAUAUGGGAGGCCGACAUGCGAGGAAAAGCCAUGGCCAUCUUCACAGUCGCACCAUUUGCUGGACCAGCUCUCGGCCCUACAGUUGCAGGUUUCAUCGGAGACCACACUACAUGGCGAUGGCUGUUUUGGAUUCUCACUGCCUUUGCGGGUGUGUGCUGGAUCAUGAUUAUGGUUAGCGUUCCAGAAUCAUACGCGCCGAUUCUUCUGGUGAAGAAAGCGGAAAAGAAGCGUCAGGAGACAGGCGAUCCCCGAUACUAUGCUGCCUUUGAGCGUGAAAACUGGGGUUUUUCCAAGCGAGCGUAUCACGUUUUGGUUCGACCCUGGGUCAUCUUCUUCACAGAACCUAUGAUCAUUGCCCUCACCUUUUACAUGAGUUUCGUUUAUGGAUGUCUAUACCUCCUGUUCGCUGCAUAUCCAAUUGUUUUUGGAAAAUCUCGUGGGUUCAGUGCUGGUGUAUCAGGGUUAAUGUUCCUGCCUAUUCCCAUUGGCGGUGCAUUAGCAGUCGCGCAUUAUGUCUACCACUAUAAUCCCAAGUAUGAGGCUGAGGUGAAACGCCUGGCGCCGAAACCGGUGCCCCCUGAAUUCCGGUUGGAUGUGGCCUUUAUUCCCGGCCCAUUGUUCGCUCUUUCGUUUUUUUGGUUUGGCUGGACUUCGUUCCCUUCCAUCUCAUAUUGGGCGCCUCUUAUGUCUGGCCUGCUGAUGGGUUAUGCAAUCCAAAUGAUCUUCCUUGGCUUGUUCAACUACCUCGUCGACGCUUACAUUCCCGUGGCAGCGUCCGUCCUCGCGUCGACCACGGUCGUUCGAAGCUUAUUCGGUGCUGGAUUCCCGCUGUUUGGUGGAAACAUGUACGAUGUUCUUAACCCUCGAUGGGCAUCCACCAUCCUCGGUUGCAUUGCCGUGUCCCUUGUGCCCAUUCCAUUCGUUCUCAAAAACGACGGAGUCGCGAUACUUUCAGACGUGACGCUGGUCCCGACAGUCAAAUACCCUUACCCCGAAGGCAACCCUCCUACAGUCCUAGUCGCAAACAUGGGUCCGAUGACCUUCAAUGGUGUCGUUACCAAGGCCGGUUUCAUGAACAAAACGGUCACAGUCACUGUUUCUCGUUUCAUUAACCACGCCUUGACCGGCAAGCGCAUUGUUCGAAGUAAGAAGUACCUCGUACAUGACGAGAAGAAUGAGCUUCGCAGGGACGACGUUGUCAUUAUCCGCAACUGCCCGCCCAAAUCCGCCAGGAAGCGAUUCACGUUACACCAACUCGUCAAGAGUCCGGAGACAGAGCGAGAAAUUGCCAGAGCCAAGCGUCUACAACAACAAGCUACAGAACAACAACAAACAUCGAGUCCUAUACUCGACGCUGUCCGACAGGCCCAGCAGCAACCCUCGCCGUCAUCAUAGGUUGGACCAGCGACUUUCUGCGCUUCCGGUGGAACGCCAUUGCACAAAACUAGAGUAAUUC